UGUGCCCCAAUUCUUGUUUCAAGGGCAUCAGAGGCUGCAAUACACCCCCCCGGCCGGGUUCCCUGAGGGUAUUCACCAAUAUCAAGGCGAUGCAGCGGGCGAAUACUAAUGCAUCAUCUAUCAGGUUUUUCGAAUAAAAGCUGGAGCCAACCAUCAGCUUCGAUACUCAUAUAACGACGGCAGAUAUAUUCUUGUCCUAUCUGGAAUAACUGUAAUUACCUGUACGUUCCAUGUACGUACCGGAAUGGACUUAGCAAUCCACCCCUUUCGCCCAUGUUAUUGUACCUAACCCCCAUGUUCAUAAUGAACUCAAUAUCCCUCAUCAAAUGAUAAAAAUGAAAGAAGCUGGCCCUCAAUACUUUUACAUACCGCAAUUCCUAGCCGCUCCAGAUCAGAAGGGAACAACCCCCCUCUCCCCUCUGAACUCACCUACACCUCACUUCAUCGAUUUCCUGCCAUGUCACCCCCCUGAAUCCCGGCAAUCCGCCGCCGCCGCCGCCCACAACAGCGGUCCUCAUCGGCACCAUCACACAGCCGCUCUUCUCCCCCGGUCUGGGAAACUCCCUGACCUCGGUAAACUUGGCGUUCGCAGCAUAUCCAGCUCCACCACCACCACCAGGAGCAUAGAGGGCCGUAGGGGUAGGCUCGUCGGGAAGGGAGUACAGCGUGGAGCGAUUCGAGUUAGUCCAAACCAUUUUCGUUCCUGGUUCCGCUGCUUCGGCCUCGGUAGCUCCUGCAAAGGUGACCCUUAUGAAAUUGAGGAAGGUAUCGAUUUCUCGUUUUGUUGUCAUGGCGCCGAUGCUGGCUCUGACAAUGCCCGUGGGUAUCCUGUGGAUCACGCUGAUCCCGUUGGGGCCACCGCAGUGAUGUCCUGCCGAGACUGCGCGCUGCAUCAUCCAAGGCUCGUAACCAAGGGCAAAGUAUAUACCGCCGGGGUUACACACCGCUAGGACUAGUCAGCCACCCCUUCUUUCCUUUACAGUCCCCAACAUCCCAAAAGAAAGGGGAAAAAAGGAAGAAAGCAAAGCGGAAAAACUUGGACUCACCUCCAGACCUGAUGUAAAUUCCC